UAAAUAAUUAAAUUACCAAAACACCCUAGGGUUUCCGUUACAAGCUUAUUAAUCUCUCUAGGAAGACAAGCAGGAGAGAGCGAUAGAUUGCUGGGUUUGGAAGGAGAUGGACCAGAGAGAACCAGAUGCGGUCCUUGAAGAAGAAACCUCCAAUUCACUGCUCGUCAACACUCGCUGCUGCUUCUGUUUUCCUAAUUGUUUUGGUCCCCGCCGUUCCUCCCCAAUCGGAUUAGUCUGGUGGGAGCGUAUACGGACUUCCCAGGUUUAUCAAGACGACCGCCACUGGUGGACCAGAGCCUUCAUGAGAAUCCGCGGAUGGUCCGAGCUCGUCGCCGGCCCCAAGUGGAAGACCUUCAUAAGAAGAUUCAACAGGAACCGAAGUGGUAAUCGCCACGGGAAAUUCCAGUACGAUCCCAUGAGUUACGCCUUGAACUUCGACAACCAGAUCAAUGAUUUCGAACCGGAAGACGAUUACGCUUCGCUGCGGAAUUUCUCGACCCGGUACGCCUCCGUUUCGGGUCCGGACAAGAAUCCGUUGACGGCGGGCAGCGUUGAUCGUGAUGUGGAGGUCCUCGCGUGAAUAGCCGUGAAGGGACGUGCAGUGUGCUUUGUGGCGUGGACCCCAGACAGCCGUGGUUGAGCUGGAUUGUUGACUUGUUAGUGACGUAAGGUGACGGCGGGCUGUUGAUCUACUUUAAAUUAUUUUAAUAUAAAUUUUUAGGUUUUGUAGAAUUAUAAAAAGGAUAUUUUUUAAUAAUUUUGUUUUAUUGGUGCUGAUUGUAUGAUACGUGUAAAGAUAAAUAAAUUAUGAGAAAAGAUGCGUGUGGGGCUGAAAGUAGAAGGAUAGGUUUUUGCCAAUAAAGAUAGAUAAUGAUGUGGGAGUGGGACUAAUCUUAUCAUCAUAUAUGAAUAUGAAUAUAGUGUUCUUUUGAUUGUACAA